AGCUGGUGGGAGCUGUCAGACAUGGACCCUGUGGCGAGCCUGGCCUCCAGCACAAAAAGGUGCAGUGUCAGCACGUUGCUAUAAAUGGAAUCCAUGCCAGGGCAUCUGUCCCAGGUUUCUGUGCCAGGCAAAGGCAGUCAGUCAGCUCCAGUGGUCACCCCAGAGGAGUCUGGACGGAUGUUGCACAUGGGAAUACUGUAGAUUCUUGAUGGCUUGGGUGAGGUGAUUACAAAGGGUAUAAAAGCAGAUCAAUGGAAUGGAGUGGAAUGGAAUGGAAUGGAAUGGAAUGGAAUGGAAUGGAAUGGAAUGGAAUGGAAUGGAAUGGAAUCUUUGCACAUCCAGGAUGGUGGGACAGGUGCCUGCCUGUCACCUGAAUCAAUCUGCAGAAGGUCCACACUGAAGCUGCUUGGUCUUUAGGGUCCUUACAGCCCUAAACCUGGGCCUGUAGUUUAUGGUUUAUGAUAACCUACAUAAGGUCAUUUCCCAAGAUGUGUACUCCUGCUGAAGCUGCACCUCAGAUAAAGGGCAGAAGCUGAAGGAGAUGCAAGGAGGGAGAACAGGCACAAUAUAAAGAAAUUGCAGUUAUGCAUAUUCCUGUCCUUUCUUCUCUUGCCCAGAGCAAUAUGCAGCCUAAACGUAAAACUCCAAGAGCACCUGAUAGUAAGAUGUAGCAUUAGGUCCUGCCAAGUGAAUGUGGUGUUUAGAGAAAAUCACAAAGGGCUGGUAACAAGUGACUACAUUCACAUCAGUGUAGUAAGAGCCUUAGGGUAUAUCUUUUCUGGGCAAGCCAGGGCUUUUUGAUGACUGUGGAAAUACCCUAAGCUGUGAUUUUUAUCAUUUCUCUCUGGGGCACAUGCUGCUUUUCCUGCUUUGUGUUCACUGCUCAUGGUGAAGCAGAGGACAAAAUGAAUUGUGUGGCAGUGUGAUGGGUGAAUGUGCCCUUUAGUGUCUGAGGAGCAGCAGUGGAGCAGUCCUUAUGAUGUGGUGCUGGAGGGAGGACUCUGUGCUGGUGCCCCUCUCAAGUGGUUUUCUCCAGUGCUGCCUCCUCGGUGGCAGGCAGUCACUUGACACAAGUUUCCUGGUGGCUUCCAGCUCCCUGUUGCCAGCCAUGUCUCCCUUUCUGCAGGCAGGCUGUGCUCUGCCAAGAGCAGUGGAGCAGUUUCACUACCUGCUGUGGCCAGACCACGGGGUGCCCAGAAACCCGUCACAGCUGCUGGGCUUGGUGGAGGUGGUGAACAAGAGGGUGCUGGAGGCACCUGCAGGACCCGUGCUGGUGCACUGCAGUGCAGGCAUCGGGCGCACAGGUACAUUCAUCGCCCUGGACUUCCUCUUGAAGAUGGGCAAGGCUGAGGGGAAGGUGGAUGUGUUUCACUGUGUGCAGCAGCUGCGGGAACAGCGGGUCGGCAUGGUGCAGACCAAGGAGCAGUACAGCUUCCUGUAUGAGGCGCUUCUGGAAGGUUUGCUCUGUGGCAGCACCGGGGUGCCCGUGGAGAGCAUCGCCAGUCUCGUGCGCUCCCUUCGAGACGAGGAGACCUCAGGCUGCAACAGCAUCCUAGAGAAGGAGUUCAAGGCCCUGCAGAGAUUUUCUGAGUUGUUCCAGCUCCUGCCAUGCAGAGAAGCAGAGAAACCCAGAAACCAACCCAAGAACUGCAAGCCAGGGAUCCUGCCAGCGGACUCGUGCCGGCCCAUCCUGAUGUCCUCGGUGAACGCAGACGGCUCGCCAGCUUACAUCAACGCCGUGUUUGCCAGUACGUACACCGAGGAGGAGAGAGUCAUCAUCACGCAGCUGCCUUUCCCCACCACACUGGUGGAUUUCUGGGCUCUGGUCUGGGAUUACACUUGCACAUCGGUAGUUGUGCUGAAUCAACUCCAGGAGCUGGACAAGACAUACAUGCAGUUCUGGCCCAGCCAGGGCGAAGAUGACUACGGCCGCUUCCAUGGCCAGCUGAUCUCAGAGGAGCCUGGGGCUGGCUUCACAACCUGGACACUUGUCCUCAGCAACAGGCAGCAGCCCAAGAAAUCUGCAGUGGAAAUCCGGUUACAUCAACUGACAGACUGGCCCAUGCAGCAGCCCCUUCCCCCACACCCUGACACCAUCAUCAGCCUGCUAGGGAAGGUGGAGACACACCAUCGGCAGAGCCAGGAUGGACACAUCCUUGUCACCUGCUGGGAUGGAGCUAGCCGGAGUGGGAUCUUCUGUGCUGCUGGUUUCCUGUGUGAGCAGAUCCAAAGCGAGGGCGUGGUGGAUGUGUCCCAGGCUGUGAGGAUGCUGAAGAGGAGGCGGAGACAGUUCAUUAAAAAUGAACAGUAUGGGCUCUGCUAUGAACUAGCCCUCAGUUACUUGAAUUCAUUUGAAACCUAUGGGAAUUUCAAGUAGGGGCAUGACCACAGCCUGCCUCUGGAUGGGACUUUGACUCUCUGGACAGCCCUUCAUCAGAAACAGUGGAAGCAAGAGGGAAAAAAAAAGGGAAUGUGCGUGACCCCAAGAUGCUUAACUCCUCUGAAAAACCACCCCAAUGUUCCUCUGUGGCUGGAGGACACAGGCUAGAAUGUCUCCAAAUUUUGGCGAGGUGCUGAAAUGGGAACCUGACUCUCUGCCCAGCAUUUGUGAAGGAACUUAUCUGGAAUCACAACCUGAGUAUGCAGAGGCACUAGGACUUCACCUAUGCUUCCUUGCCAAGGAUGAAGAGAACAGCUGUCCCAUCCAGGUUCUCUUGUCCCCUCGGGUAGCCCCAAGGAAAGUGGGGUAGCACCAACACCCACAUUGUGUUUGGUCAGAGAAGUCCCAAACUGCUGCAAGAUCCGUGGUGCUCAGGAGCAGAGGAUAUCUGUCCUACUGUGGGAGAAGCAUGAAGCCCAAAGUCAACAAGAGCCAAGAGUGGGACAGCCCAUGGUCCUGUAGGGCUAAACUGGUCCUUCAGACCCCACAGAGUCUCCUCCUGGGGUGCAUCUUCUUGGUGCUGCUCCAAGUGCCACGGCCCUACCAGCUCCACAGAGGCUCUCUCAUCAGUGGCUGCCCCAUGGCUGUCUCAGGUUACAGUGUCUCAGUGUGAAUAUCCUGGAUGUGGUUCAAGCAGCACCACAGAAACAAAGGCAGGAGACUUCAGAAGCAGGAGUGAGCCCAUGGCUUUCUGUCCUGUGUCUCAUCAGUAAAGGCCAUGGUGGUGGUGGUGGUGGUGA